CAAAAAAAUAAUCGCAAAUGUUUGUUUCAUAUUUUUUCACAAAUUUCAAUGUUUUUUAAUUAAUUAUAUUCACUGGAAGUCGAUAAACGUAUUAAGCGGCAUCAAAGCGAUCGCAUGUGUGUUUUAGUGUCCCAAAAAAUGUGAAAAAUUCGAUAUAAAUUGAAAAUUAAAAAUUAUUGCAAAAUACAUCCAGAAAUAAAGGAAGAAAAAAUUGUGUUAAUUAAAGAAAUAAGUGAAUUUUGUGAAAAAUAGCAGGUUCUGUGAGUGGAAUAAUUGCACUGGAUUAAGGCAAUAGGCAGCUGAAAUGGAUGCAAAAGGAACGGGAUCAAGUGCAAUUGUGGAAUUUGAUUAUACAGCAAAUGAAUUGGAUGAGCUGAGCAUUGCGAAAGGGGAUCUUAUAACGAAUAUUAAAGUACAAUCUGGUGGAUGGUGGUACGGAACAGUUUCAGCGACAGGAAAGUCCGGGAUGUUUCCUGAUAAUUUUGUAAAAUUAUUAGAUCCAAAUAACGAUGAUAAAGUCAUAAUAAGAGAUAAAGCAUCAACGAAAAAUCGACGAUGUAAAGUCAUUUAUAGUUAUAAAGAGAAUAAAGAAGACGAACUAACACUGGCUGUUGGAGAUAUUCUUGAAAUUUUCGAUGAGGUUGAAGAAGGCUGGAUGAGAGGUAAACUAGGAAAUAAAGUGGGAGUUUUCCCAUCAAACUUCGUUGAAGUAAUCGAGUCAACAUCACCAAUUAAUGCAAAUCACAAAACAACCAUAAAUAACACCAUAAUUCAAAAUAAAAUAAAUAACAAUCGAUCGAGUCUGACGAAUUCACGAGAAGAUCUCGGCCAUAAUCAAAGCGGUGACUCGUCAAUUGACUCAGUACCCAUACUUCCGCCAAAACCAAUUCGAGAGCAAUGUAGAGUGCUUUAUGCUUAUGCACCUGUUAAUGAAGAUGAGUUGAAAUUAAAUGAGGGUGAUAUAAUUACGAUUGUAACGAAAGAUUUACCUGAUAAAGGUUGGUGGAAGGGGGAGUUGAGGGGUAAAAUUGGAGUAUUUCCGGAUAAUUUUGUCACAUCAUUGCCAUCAGACGGAUCUCCAGUCAAAGAACGUCCACCAAUCGGUACAAAAACAAUAUUAAAUGCAACUAGCACAUCCAUAAAGUCAUCAACACAGUCGUAUCGAAAGGAUAGUUUCGGUUCUAAAGAUUCCCUCACAGAAUCAAAUAAUAUUAUUAGUGCUGAGCGCAAUAGUGGAAUAUUUGGAAAUGUUGCAGCACAUCGACGGUCAUUGGAGACUAAAUCUAUUGAAACUAAUCAUCAUGGUAUCGAGAAACCGCCAAGAAAAUCCUUAAUUAUUACCGAUGCUAAUAAGACGCCAUCAGAUAUAAGAAAAAGUUUAGAAAAUCUUGACGACAAGAAAACAACGCCGCCUCCAGUAUUAACAAAGAAACCAACAGUUCCAAUUAAAAAAUCGCCAUCUGUAUCGACAGUCGCUGGAAGUAUAUUUUCAGGCUUGAAGCAGAAAGUGAAAAGUGUCGAGAGUAAGUUACAACAUCAUACAUCGCAUGAUGGAACCGAUGGAAUCGGUACAAGUAAAAUAGCAUCACAAGUCGCUGAUAAUUCCGAUAAAGGAGUUGUAGGUGAGAAAUUAAAUGAGUUAGAUACAGUCGAGAGAGGAUCCUAUUUACAGGAUGUUCGACAAAAUCGUGCAAAGGCACCAAAAAGACGUCCACCAACAUCAGCUGGAUCAUUAAGUGGUGAUUCCAAUAAUAAUAAUGUAAUGAAUGGAAGUCAUACUGAAUCUAAUGAUUCAUCAUUAACAAUCGAAACGGUUAUAUCGACAAGUCCUGCACAAACAGCACAACAGAAUGAAGAAGAAACAGUUAAGCCGAAAGCACGUGAGUGGGAGAAACAUAAAGCACCGUGGAUGGAAGAGUUGAAGGCAAAUCAAGCAAGAAAGACGUCGCCAAAUAUUGAGCAUAAAUCACCCGAUAAUGAUGAGAAGAAUGACUUAUCAAAGUCAUUCAAUAGCACAUUUGCCCAAAAGAAAUCGACUCAAGAGACAUUCGAGGUUCGUGCCAGCAGUAUGGAAGUGAAAUCAAAUAGCUUUGAUGCAUUCAAAAAGGAUAAUGUCGUUAAUAACAAUAAGGAGAUACACGGAACAACAUCCAUAAAUACAAGUGUUGACACAAAUAGUGCCAAAUCCACAACGAAAAUAUCAAUUACGGAUAAUUCGAGUAGCGUUAUGACAACAUCGUCCACAACGGCAGUGAAAGUUGAAGAUUUAACUGCAAAUAUUCGACCCACAAGUGUUAGCUUGAGAAAUCGUUCAAUAUCGCCAAUUCCGCGUACACAACCACCAAAUCAUCAUAUUAUAAAACCAUCACCUACGAAUAUAUCAGCUACUCAUAUAACGACAAACAAUAGCUCAUCAUCGUUAUUGACAUCAACAGCGACUGUAUUAUCAUCAAGUACAGUUGAUGUGAAUUCAAAAGUCGGUGAUUUGGAACAGAGAGUUAAUAAGCUUGAAAAUUUAGUGCUGACUCAAAAUGCAACAAUUGAUGAAUUAAAGAAGCUGCUAAGAGACGAAAGUGAUAAAGUUAAAACACUUAAGAAUGAUUUGGAAAAAUAUGCCCAGUGCUUUACUCAGGAUAAAAAAGCGGCUUCCAAAAUUUUUGUAAAUAAUCAUUUCAAGCAUUAAAGUAAAAGAAAUUAUGAGAUAAAGGACGAGGCGACACUGCAAGCAGUGUGAUAAUGAUAUCUAAUAGACAGACAUCAUUCGUUUUAGACACAUGAAAGUUCCACAUAUUUAAGAGAAAAAAAAGUAUUUUUUACAAAAAAAUCGUUUCGUGUAAUUUUUUUUUUCUAUUAUUGAAACACUUAAAUAAUGAUAUAAUAUUUAUAAAAGAAAAAAAAAUCCUUAUAUGGCUUUACAUGCACGUCAUGGAUAGCUGUUAAUAACAUUUCAUGUAAGAAAUAUUGUGAAUGAAAAGUAAAAAUAUCAAAAAAAAAAGAUUUAUUUUUUUGUAAUAUUCUUAAAGAAAGAAAAAGAUAUUUUUAUUCUAUACGAUUAGAGACUAGAUUGUAAGAAUGUGAAAGUAAAACACCAUGCGACGAAUGGUGUGGAUGAUUUGUAUCGUAAUUAAAAAAUCGAGAAUGAAGAUUUUGAAAGGUUUUUUUUAAGAAUAUAAAGACAGAAAGAAACUUUUUGUAUGAUUUGCUUGUUAAAAAGACUAUCAGAUGUUUGGAUUGAGUUUUGGCGGGAUUUUGCUAGAACUUGGAUAUUUUUGAAAAUCUUUGAAUGUGUAAAGUUUAGAAAUUGCUUUAAAAUUCUCUUCCAAAUAUCUGCUAGAGUAAUGCUUACCAUCAAAGGAUUCGUACUCGACUGAUUGUCAAUUAUCAAUCCAUAAUGAUGACAUAAACAUUUGCUACAAAGGAAUAUGAAAUGCCU